GGUGUCCUAACAUUCUUUGCCAAGCCCAAACCUUAAAAUCUUAUAAGAACUUCAUCUCUAUAGAGAGCUUUUUCACAAGCUCAUCUUGAAUGCCAAUGGCCCCUCCAGCAAAUCUCGCUGACAUAGGACGGGAAGGCUUUGAUCUCCUCGAGAAGACCUAUGGCCACAAAAGAAGGCCUGCCAUUGCUCCUCCACCCCCGCUGCCGCAGCGGAAGGCCCAACCCUGCGUUUACCGUCGGACCGAAGUGCCUCUGAUCACCGAGAGGCUUCCUGAAUAUGUUGUUUCCCAUCAGUCGCACCAGCAUCAACAGCCAGGCUAUCUGUCUUUCCACAGGAGUGAAGUCCCCCUUCAUCACCAUUAUUACAGUAAUCAUCACCGCAAUCCUUACCCGCCUGCGGAGGAUGAUGCCUAUGGCGAUGCCAUGGACAGCAACAAAGCAGCCGUCUUGUAUAGGGGGAUGAAGAUCAUUGAGUAUCAUCGGACGGAAAAACUUCCAUUUUGAAUGGCGUCAGAUGGAAUUAUCCAGAACAAAUGUGGUGCGACCAUACUCAAGAGAGAGUUACCAAAUAAAUGUCCAUGGCAUAUCCUUAAUGAUGGAGCGAGAAUGACCCGUGCCAGGCGACGCCAUUCCGGAAGAUGGAGAUUCGCAGCUCCAUGAUGUCCUCCGUCUUCUUGAUGAGCUCGAAUGCACAGACGUCUCCGACUCACGGGGAAUUUCUCUUUUGCGAAAUCUCCCCCAACUAGAGGUACUUGCCGCUGUCUCGGCCGAACAAUGGCUUCACUGUCAACCAUUCGAUCUUUGGAGUGCUCCUUCACAAAGCUAUAUGGUAUGUACUGCAUAGCCAAACCCCAUUCAUGAGCUUUAAGUAUUCUCACCUGCACAGGUUGAUUAUCUAAUUCAGUGUAAACUCAUUCAUUAGCAAGCUGACAUUUU